GGGCAUCGUGAAUCUUGAACCUUAAACCGCCCGAAAAGCUUCUAGAACUACCAGGUACAUAACCUUACUAGUGUUCUAUAUAGUCUAGCCUCGGUCAGCCUGACAGAUCUGGCCUUGUUACUGAUACCUAGCCUUGCAAGAAGCUGCCCAACAAUUUAAGUUAAGAACGUCAGUUCUAUUGCACCAACUUGGGGAUUUCUUCACACAAGUUAUCUUAAACAUUCCAUACGCAUCUUCACAAGAUGGCGCCUUUGAUACCGUCUGCAAAAUUGACCUUGCCUUAUCCAUUAUAUGCUUGCGACUUUGAUCCGGUAGAUUCCACACGGCUAGUAGUUGGUGGGGGCGGAGGUGCAGGAAGAUCAGGUGUGGAAAAUAAGAUCACCCUUUUGGACACUUCAAGUCCGAACGAGCUUGUUGAAGUCGCCGAUCUAGACCUGAGUAAGGAAGAAGACAAUGUCGCCAGUCUUGCAGUCGGCCAAACUCAAGGAGAUACAACCGUGGUAUUCGCAGGAGUGAAUUCUAGUCCGGCGGACUUAGCCAAAGGGACGAAUGCGCACUUUCGAGUUAUUGGAAUAAGCCCAGUUUCAAAGGGCAAGGGCAAGACUACAGAGCCUGUUGCGAUAACGAGUAAAAUAUCCGAGGUGUUGAGAUGUCCAUUGUUUACCAAUGUCGAGAGGGAUUUAUACCAAAGGGUCAUUCGAUUAUCACGACCUUAUGCAGGACAAGCUCAAUGGGGUGCGAUUGCGACUGGGUUUGCGAAAGAUUCUGAAAUAGUGCUUUUCCAACCUGCGCAGAAUGGACCACCUACUUCAAGGAGUGCUGUAAAGUUGGCGAAGGAAGUUGUUGACAUGGAUUUCAUACAAACUGGAAAAGACGAUUAUCUCUUCGCAUACGCCGAUGAACAAGACAUAUACGUCAAAAAGCUUGGCUCAAUAGAUGAUGGGGCAGAACCUGAGUGUGUGUAUAUUACACCUGCUUCAAGAAGCGGGGAGCCAGUUACGAUACCGUCUUUCAGAUCGAUCAGAUGGCUAACAAAGGAUUUCAUCAUCAUGCUCACGAAUAUCCAUAGCCAAGGAGGUGUAGUACUGCAGAUUUUCAGAUUGCCACCCAGUGGUAAAGGACAGUGCAGAAUCGCGCAAUCCCACAGACUUCCAUCCAGUGUAAAGAAGGCUACUGGACUCGCAGUUGUCAACCUCACACCACCACCAACUGCCGAUGGAGAGCAAGGCUACACCCAAUUCGUGAUUGCUGUCGCUGGCCACGACAUUUCCAUUUCUCUCUUCAAGGUUGAUCUCCAACACGAAGCAAACAACUACCUCGUCACACCUAUCAAACCCUUCCGAAAAUUCAAGAAUGUUCACCCUGGAGUGAUCACAGGAAUUACAUUCUCAACUUUUACACCACCCACACAAUCUGUUACUGCAAGCACUCCUCCUCAGCACCUCAAGCUCGCUAGUACAGGUAUCAGCAAUACGGUCAUCGUCCACACCCUCCCCCUAUUUCCCGUUCCUCUAUCCGUAAAAAGAGGUCAAUCAAGCAUACCUCGCUACGUCGUCGCUCUCCCUUCAAGUAAAGCAGUUUACUCUUUUGGAAUUAUCGUCUCCAUGCUAUUAGCGUUGUUUGCAGCAAUCCUAACGCAAAGUGUUUUGGAGAUUAGGGGGGUUGUGGAACCUCAUUUGGGCGCCGCAAAGUAUUUACCAGUACCUUUACAGGAGGCAAUUGGAAAGCCAUACACGUUUCCAUCUAACUAUCACGCGCUCAAUACACACACACCCAGCGCUUUGACCUCCACAAUCCCGUCGGAUUCACCCUCCUCCUCCACCCCGGACUUCUUCGCGUCCCUCCGCUCUCCCUCUCCUAAUUCUGCUCCUCCCAAAAUCUACCUUCACCACGGGCCUCCUGUCCCAGACAUUGAAAACCAAGACAUAUCCCCCGAUAUUACGUCGCCAGAACUUUCUUCAUCUAUAAAAGCAGUUUUCCAUGAUGAAGAAAAACAUGAAGGGAAAUCAUGGGACGAAUUGACGGCUCCGCAAAAAGAAAAUUGGAAGAGGAAAUUGAAGGAUGCGGGACAUUGGGCUGAAGAAAUGGGAGAGAAGGUUUUCAAGGGGGUGGUUUUUGGUGAAUUGGGAGGUCUGGUGGGAGCGGCUGUUGUGCAGGCCGCGAGAUAGGAGAAGUUUUCAAGAAGGGGCGAUUACGAGAAGUGAAAACUGGAAGAAGCGAAGGAUAAAGGAUUGGAGAUAGGUUGGAAAGGCGUUGUAUAAUAGUUCCGUGCUAUAUUGGAUGUGACUGGUGGAAUUGUGAGCAAUUUCUUACUUUUCUUGUUUGUUCAAUGGGGUUUGUGGUGUGUCGUGGGCGCGGUUACCUAGAUGAUAUGAGAUACGGUAGAUGGGAUGGAUGUAAACUACGAGACACAUAUAUUUCAUUUCUCUCAUAUUUAAUAAUAACUACACACGAAAACUUCCCGAGUGAGA